AUGUUCCAGAACGUGGCCCAGCGGAUCGAGGCGCACGGAGAGUGCCCAACUGACCUUGCAGAGGAGUCGCCCCUAUCGGAUAUCCUCGACUCGAGAGACCACUGCGGCAUGGAGCCCAAGAUUUUGGCCAGUUUCGAUAUCGACAUGGUCAAGAUCUUGCGUAGGAAGGUCCACGUGCGCCCGCUUCGACGGGGACUUCCUGCUGCGGCGCUCGGCUACAUCAGACACUCGGCCGGCUUGAUUGAGAUGGGCGCGGCGGAGCUUGAGAAGGAGCGGACCGAGGGCGCGGAGCUGCGGGGGCGGCUGCUUCAGCGCCUGACCCAGCAGGGCCCGCUGACCUGGCGCCUGCGGCUGAAGGGGCGCGCGGGCAUAUGCUUGGUCAAGAAGAAGGACGGGCUCCAGAGACUGAUCAUUGACGCCCGUGCGGAAAACAGGGCGCAUCGGCCGGCCCCUACUACCAGGCUUGGCUCCUCGCGGUGCAUGGGCGAUCUGGACCUCUCCGACCCUCGUCUGAAAGCCUUUUGCUUCGGCGGCAUCGGGUCGGGGUCCGCGGCGUAUCCCUCCGGGCUGGAGGGCGACGCGGGGCGCUGCUUCUACAAGUACACCAUCCCCGAGCUCGCCUCCUGGUUCGGCUUUGAGGACCGCUUCGGCGCCGAAGAGCUCGAGAACACGGAGUACAGGCCGACCGCGAUCUGGGGCGACGCCGAGGGGGCCGAUACCCAGGUCGAGUACGGCGAGGUGCUCUACCCGUGCAUGGCAGCUGUUUGCACGGGCUGGUCGUGGGCGCUGCACUUCGCGAGCGAGGCUGUCACAUGCCGAGUCGAGCGGUCUUUCGAGGGCGGGGCCGAUCAUAUCAUGCGCGAGAUGCAGCCAGCACCAGUUUUGAAGCUCGGCAAGUGCGUGGCCGCCGCCCACAUGGACGCCGCGCAGGUCAUCGGAGGCUGCGCGGACGACGCCAGGAAGCAGAUGCAAGAGAUGGAGAGGAGUGUUAGUGAGGAUCGUAUACCUUUCGACAUGGAGCCUGGCGACGAGUGCGAGAUGCAGUCGCUGGGGUUGGUUUACCAUUGGCGAGAGCGGCGGCUACGGCACGUGCCUCGUCGCGUUUGGCGGGCCCACAUGGCUGGGCAUGCUCUGCUGAGGAAGGGCAAGCUCCACGGGCGCGCCCUGCAGUGUUUGCUCGGCCGUGUGGUGAACCUGCACCAGUUGUGUCCCGAGGGUAUGUCCGCCGUGAACGCUUGCUACCGCUUCUUCGAGGAGGCCCUGGAGGCGCCGAAGCGGGCGCGGCCCUCGGUCAAGUCCGAGAUCCGCUGCGCCAUGAACCUGCUGUUCCUGAUGGAGAUGGACUUGGGGGCUACCUACUCCCUCCAGGCCGACUGCGGCGACUCCUCCACCCGCGGCUCCGCCUUCCGCGCGGCGAAGGCCGAGAUCGACGAGCUGCGCGAGGCCUGGAGGCGGCGGCGCUGCCGGCUGAUCGCCGCCGAUCGCUGGCGGGAGCAGGAGGCGCACGUCAACCUGAAGGAGGCCCGCGUGGCUCUGAUGGGCCUGCGUCGGCACUGCCGCACCGCGGAGCUGUUUGGUUCCAAGCUGCUCACCCUCAGCGCAAGCCAGGUCACCGUGGGGGCCCUCGAGAAGGGCCGCUCCAGCGCGGGCCUGCAGUCGCUGUGUCGGCGCGCCGCGGCCUACCGCCUUGGAGGCCAGAUUGUCUGGCGCCUCCGCUACAUCGAGACGGAUCGGAACCCGAGCCACCAGACCCCCGCCGGUGGGAUACCAAACAGGCAAGCCAAGCGCGUGCACCUGACAGGGUGUUACUGGAGCGUCGAGAACCCCAGGACCUCAAGGCUGUGGAACUUCGACCCCAUCGCUCGGCUUCGUGGCCACACCAACGUCAUCGAGGUUAAUUUCGACAUGGGUAUGUUCGGCACGGCGCUACGCGAUCAGAACGUCGGGCUCUCCAUCGACAGCUGCCAGGCCUCCGACGUCUUCCUUGGCGAGAACCCCGAGAUCCAGUUCGGCCAGGACGAGCGGGAUACGCUGGUCAUGUCGACGGUCGCGAAUGCCGCGCUCGAACGGCGCGCAGCGGCGGCGCGCGAGUUCGAGGUCUACGCGAAGGCCCAGAAGGUCGACCUGCAGCCGCAGAGCCGCCUGGGCAACAGCAUGGCCCAGAACUUCGCAGAUCUCUUCGACGACGGCUUCGGCGUCUGGGAGGGCGGGAACGCCUUCCACGGGCACAGGCCCCCGCGGCUCAAGACGACCAGGAAAGUUGACCUUCCCAAGGCGCCGUCCUCCCUGAAGGGUUGGGCGAAGCGCUCUCCUGACCGCAUGCGGCUGCCCCUGCCCGACAUCAUAGUGGACGACAUCGCGCUGGACCUCGCGGAGCACGACCUACCCUUGGCGGGCGUGGCGGCGGCCAUCCAGACAGACGCGCGCAUCCGACCCUCCGCGGUGGUUGAGCUGCGGCAGGGCCAGAUCCUGCCGCCUGCGCCAGCCGCGAAGCUCGGAGUGCACUUUGGCAUCGUCACCGGGCCCUCCGGGUGGGGCGAGGUUGCAGACUGCCUCGGGACUUGCUGGCCCGCCUUCGCAAGUUGCACGGCCCACCAGUUCGCGAUGCUGGACAUGGGCUCAGAGGCCUCCUACGCCGCAGGUACGGUCGCCCUGCGCGAGAUCCGAAAGUACCAGAAGAGCACCGAGCUAUUGAUCCGAAAGUUGCCUUUCCAGCGCCUUAUCCGGGAGAUUGCGCAGGCGGCCGAGGGAGUCCACAUUCAUGCCGCCAGAUCAGCCCUGGGAGGGGCAAUUGUCGGGCCGCUCACACGUCCGGCGGACCAGCGCUUCAAGAAGGGCAUGCAGAGAUGGAUGACCGAGCGCUUGGUCGCGCAAGACAAAUACUACGUGGAACGGCGCCUGCGCGCACGGCUUGCUCGGUGGCGGCUCCCCGACUACCCCGGGAGGUCGGCGCGGCGGGCGGUGCGCAAAUUGGUCCGCUUGCGCCGGCUGGUGCCGCCUAGCGGCAGCUUCUCUUGGCUGGAGCGGCGCUACGGGGAGGGCCUGCGCUGCCCCGACAUGUCCGUCGGGAUCGUGAGGCCGGACAAGCGCAACAGCAUCGGGAGAAGGCUCAUCGCGAACGCGUUCUCGGCCCCUCCGUGGAGACUGCUGGCGCUGGCGCUGCACGACUCGCUGGACGGCUGCGUGGCCGUGCAGCUGCAAGAGCUUGAGGCGGCGAGCGUGCGGCUCGACCUGGUGGUGGCGGAGAGCUGGGGCGCCAUCCUGGCGGCGGUCGCGGCGGAGAUCGCCAGGAGGCUCACAGCGGAGGAGCGGCGGCGCAUGCUCAUCGUGCACGGAUUGGAGGACCGCAUGUGCCCGAUCGAGGACUUCAAGACGGACCUCAAGUUUCAGUCCCAGGCGGUGCUAGCGCUGCAGGAGGCGGCGGAGGCGUACCUCGUCGGCCUCUUUGAGGCUGCUAGCCGCCACCGCGCCCGCCCCUCCCCUCGCCUGGACGUCGCCCCUCACCCUCCCCGUGCAUUCCUCCUGCUUCCCCCCCUCGUGCCCCUCGUGUUUCCCUCCACGCUAUGUCGCUGGGAGGAACAUGGCGGGAGAGGGGCGAGCAUGCAUGCACACGGUGGGUUCGAGCCGCGUUGCCGCGGCGGCGUAGUCUCUCCCCCCGCAGGCUGCCCUCACUCUUGCGCGGCAGAUGCAUAG